UUGUCAGUGCCUUGUUUAUUUUAUCUGUUAGUUUUUAAUUUUUAGUUUUAAAAUUAAAGUGCAAAAAUGAAGUUUCUCUUUGGUCAUAAUAUUCCCAGUGUUGUUUUGAUGUCGCUGGUUUUACUGGCUAAUGCUCAAAGAUCUUCAAAUAACGUGCACAGAGACCUGGAAUGUUCGAGCUGCAGCGACGAUGAGCUCGGAGUCACGCGGUGGACCAUGCCGCUUCUCAAGACGGGGGAGAAAAGAUACUAUCUAGGAAUAUUCUUUAAGGCGAACUGGUUUAAGGCGCAGCAAUACUGCCGGUUCCACGGCAUGCACCUCGCCUCCAUCGCCUCUCAGCAGGAAAACGACCAGCUCGAGAAAUACGUUAAGGACUCGGGUUACGGCCGCGAGCAUUUCUGGACGUCAGGCACAGACUUGGCUGAAGAGGGCAACUUCUUCUGGAUGGCCAACGGGCGGCCGCUGACCUUCGUCAACUGGAACGCCGGGGAACCCAACAACUUCCGCUACGAGAACGGCGAGGAGGAGAACUGCCUGGAACUGUGGAACAGGGACGACAAGGGACUGAAGUGGAACGACUCGCCGUGCUCGUUUGAGACGUUCUUCAUUUGUGAAGUGCGAUCGGACUAAAUCAGUGUACAGACAUCGGGACGGCCAAGGUUUCUACAAAUCUA